AUGCACUCGGGUCAAUGUCUCUGCGGAGCCACCAAGAUCGAGAUCAAUACGACUGAGGAGAAGCAAAUCGCAUGUCACUGUACCGACUGUCAGCAGACUUCUGGAUCUGCUCACUCGACUAACAUUCUCCCUAAUCAGAAAGAUGUCAAGAUCACUGGCGAUGUGAAAGAGUACAAUUCCAAAGCUGCCUCGGGCAACACUGUCGCAUCACUCACGGCUAACAGUGACCCGACCUUUUGCGGCACCUGCGGCUCAGCCCUUGCACACAAGUCCCCAGCAUUCGGUGAAGGUAUCGCCGUACAAACGGGAAACCUCCCUGAUUUCCGAAAGAUCCCUUUCGCUGCCGAGCUCUUUGUCAAGGACCGAUGGACUGGACUGCCUGAAAUCCCUGGAGCGGAUCAGGCUCAAGCUAUGCCUGAAGCCUGA